AUGCAGUCGACCUGCCAGCAGCAGCAAGCACAGCCAGGCCAGAACGGAACGUCCGCCAGCAGAACGUCGUUCCUCAUCGAGGAUAUCCUCAGCCGCGGCACCGUCACCCCGCACACUCACCAUCACCAGCUGCACCAUCAGCACCUGACGUCGGCCUCCGGCCACGCGCAGCACCAUCAGUACCAGCAGUUCGCCAGUCUGCUCCCGGGCUAUCCCGCGGCACCGCCCGCCGCGGCGGCCUUCUUCUUGGGGCCGCUCUUCGGUAGCGCCGGCAUGGGGGUCAGCGUGGUGCCGGGGGUCGGGGAACUGGCCGCCCUGAAGCAUUGCCGACGACGGAAGGCCCGGACUGUAUUCAGCGACCAGCAGCUGGCGGGUUUGGAAGCGAGGUUCGAGGUGCAGCGAUACCUGAGCACGCCCGAGAGGGUAGAGCUGGCGGCGGCGUUGCACCUAUCCGAGACCCAAGUGAAAACGUGGUUCCAAAAUCGGCGGAUGAAGCACAAGAAGCAGCUGAGGAAGCUGAACACGAGCGGCAACGGCAAUUCCAAUUCGGGCCAGCAAUCGAUAUCCGUUACGUCGCCUGCUGAACGGCCCGUCGACUUUUCGCUGAGCGGCGGGCGCGAGUCGCGCGCGAGCAGUGACGCGCCCGCGGACUCCGACGACGAGGACGACGACGAGAUCGACGUGCUGGGCGACGAGACGCCGUCGCCGACGUCGACGCCGACGCCGACCCCGAUGCCGGCGCCGGCGCCGACGCCCACGCCGGUCGUAGCGGCCGCGGCGGCCCCAACGCCGACCUUGACGUCGACGUCGACGGUCUCGACCCCGACGUCGACGCGCGGCGGCUGCACCCUGCCGCCGCCGCUGUCCAGACGCGGUGGCUCGCCACCGAGGAUCCUACACACGGCGAUGCAUCCGCAUCCGCACUCGCACACGCACUCUCAUCACCCGCAUCCGCAUCACACGGUCGGCCUCCACCAUCAGCCGCAGCAGCACGGCCAGCAUUCCGCCCAACGUCAGCAUCGCUGA